UCACUUCAGAUUGAGUCAUGGAUAUUUAAUCCUCAGGGACAACUAUAUAACCAAAACCAAAAUAAAUUUUAACCAAAAAUUGUAUUUGUACUAUUUCUUCAAAAAAAAAAAAAAUAAUAAAGUGAUUGUCAUUUGAAAAUAACAAUUUAUUGUUAUUUCGCAGAUAUGUUUGUAAAUAAAACGUGUUCUGUAUCAAAUGGUGCUAAAAAAUUUUUGAGAACUGCAAAUUUGACUAAAUAUGAAUUAGCGAAACAAAUUCGUUUACCAUUAAAUCAAAGUGUUAAAGUUUUGUCUCAAUGUAAUAAUUUAAAUUCCGAUGCAAAGUCUGCUUUGUUUACAAAUAAUCUCGUACAUGGAAAAACAUUAGAGCGUUUACCGGCGUCAAAUUUGUCGCUCCAAUAUCGCAUGGGAAGCUCAAAUGCAGAUCAUGUUAAAUUAUGGCAAAUGGAAAGAAUAACGUCAGCGGCAUUGCCAAUUGUUUUACCAGCAGCUUUUAUUAUGGAGAAUCCUCUUCUUGACAGUUUACUUGCUGUACUUGUUGUUGUUCACACUCAUUGGGGAUUGGAAGCAAUAGUUGUUGAUUAUGCACGACCAAUUAUAAUGGGUACAGUUUUACCGAAAAUUUUACAUUUAUUAUUAAGUUUCCUCUCAGCUGUGACACUUGCUGGUUUACUUGUUCUCAUUUACAAUGGGCCAGGAAUUGCGAAAACAGUUAAAAAUGUAUGGAACAUUGGCAAAGAAGAGUCAGUAGAAAAAUGAAUAAAAUCAUAAAAUUUCAAUUCGGUUUGUUACAUUAAUUAAGUAAUAAUAAAUUACUUUGCAAAAUUAUAUAUAAAUAUAUAUUAUGUAUGUAGAAAAAAAACAACGAUAACUAAUACAAAAAUUCUAAAAA